UUGAGCCGGGGGUCUAUCGGAAACAGCCUUUCUACUUCUUUAGAGGUAGAGGUAUGGACUGCGUACAUCUUACCCCCCCAGACCCCACUAGGUGGGAACACACUGGGUUUGUUGUUGUUGUUGUACUUCUUGUUUCUUGGCUUAGCUGUCCGAUAGGUAUGUGCAUUCAUGUUUAUGGACUUUCAAGGGUGACCUGGGCAGCUAUCUUCAGAAGAAGGGACGUCUAUCUCCUUCUAAGGUUUUAGGAUUUGCUCUGGAUAUUGCCAGCAGCAUGAAUUAUCUUCAUGAAUGUAACCCGGACCCAAUCAUUCAUUGUCUUUUAAUGCCAAACUUUGGCAAAAUUUUAGCUGCUUAUUUUCUUUCCAAAACUCUUGUUUGUUGCUCGGGUGUGGAUUGUGAUCCAUCAAAACUACCUAAUGAUAGUGGUACCCAACCAUGUCAAUUUCAAACAGUUAUUGCAGAAUUUACUGUCAAUGGGACAUCUCAGCCUUUAGAGGCAAAAACUGCCAGCCUGAAAGAAGUCAGAAGAAUAUUCACCAUGGGCCUUCCUUUUACCAGUCAUUAUGGUGGUCAGAUUCUUUUCGGACCUAGCGAUGGAUAUUUGUAUUUCAUGAUGGGAGACGGUGGGGGUUCCGGAGAUCUUUACAAUUUUUUCAAAAAUAAGAAGUCGUUGCUUGAAAAGAUUGUGAGGCUUGAUGUCGAUAGCACACCAAGUGCUGCAGAGAUUACCAAGCUUGGUUUAUGGGGAGACUACACCAUUCCAAAGGAUAAUCCUUAUAUUGAAGAUAAAGAGCUGCAGCUCGAAAUACGGGCACUAGGAAUGCGAAAUCCUUGGCGCUGAUUCUGCAAAGCCAUCUUACUUCAUGUGUGCAGAUACAGGCCAGGGGAGCCUUGGAGUAACUGGUAAAGUUGCUGUCAUGUGAUCAGGAGUUCACGGGUUCAAGCCUUAGAAACAACCUCUGGCAGAAAUGCAAGAUAAGACUGCGUAUGAUACACCCUUGUGAUGGAGCCCUUACCCGGACACCACGUAUAAUUGUAGCUUUAGUGCACCGGGCUGCCCUUUUUUUUAAUCUUAAUCUCUUUUCACGAAAUAUUAAAUUGUUUAUAAAGAAAUAAUUUUUUUAUUUUUAUGAAUUGUUUAUAAAGAAAUAAUUUUUUUA